AUGACCAUCACGUGGAAUACCGACGCUGAUUACAAGCUCAUCACUUCCCUGGCUGCUUCCGUCGGCUCGUCCCUGCAGUGGGACAAGGUUGCCGAGCUUAUGGGUGACGGCUGCACCGUGAGUGCUCUCAAGCACCGCAUCACCCGCCUCAAGGAGAAAGUCAAGCUCGAUGGCAACACCGACAAAGCUUCCGGCUCUACCUCCAAGGUCUCCAAGACCAAGCCCCCCCGCAAGCGCGCCAGCAAGAAGGCCGAGAAGGAAAAGUCCCCUGAGGAGUCCGAGUGUGACUUGAAUGACAUCACCGACGGCGAGGGACUGUCCUCCGCCUAG